AAGACUGAAAUCCAUAAAUGUCAUCAUUAUUUUGAACUGGUUAAAUUUUAGAUCGUCAUUUGAUUGUUUACUAAUAUAUUUACAUCUAUUUAUUUAUUGUGUUUAUUGGUUUUAAGAUGAAUUCGGUCAUUAACUUGUUUACCAAGAAUGGUAAGUUGCUUUCCUUGGCUUCAACCAGCCAUUUACCUUCGGUAAGAAUAACCAGUACAUCAAACAAUCAGGCUGCCGCUGCUGCAGCUGCUGCUGCUACCUCUGAGGUACCUGAAAAGCGGAUUAAAAAGUUCAUGGUCUAUCGAUGGAAUCCUGAAACACCUGAAGUUAAACCCUACAUGCAGACAUAUGAGGUUGAUCUAAAUACAUGCGGUCCUAUGGUGCUUGAUGCUUUGAUUAAAAUCAAAAAUGAAUUGGAUCCUACUUUGACUUUCAGACGAUCUUGCAGGGAAGGUAUAUGUGGUUCUUGUGCUAUGAAUAUUGGAGGUGGUAAUACUCUUGCCUGUAUCAGCAGAAUUGACACCAGUGUCGAAAAACCGAUGAAGAUCUAUCCAUUACCUCAUAUGUAUGUGGUUAAGGACUUGGUUCCUGAUAUGAACCAUUUCUACGAGCAAUAUCGAUCGAUUCAGCCUUGGCUACAAAAGAAAGAUGAAACUGGUUUUGGUAAGAAACAAAAUCUUCAAAGUGUUGAUGAUCGUAAGAAACUUGAUGGUCUAUAUGAAUGUAUAUUAUGCGCUUGUUGUUCAACAUCUUGUCCAAGCUAUUGGUGGAAUAGUGACCGAUACUUGGGACCUGCUGUACUCAUGCAAGCAUACCGAUGGGUAAUUGAUUCAAGAGAUGAAUCAACUGAAAAAAGGCUGGAUCAAUUGAGGGAUCCCUUCUCACUUUAUCGAUGUCAUACAAUCAUGAAUUGUUCCAGGACCUGUCCUAAGAACUUGAAUCCUGGUCGAGCAAUCGGUGAACUGAAGAAGCUUCUCGCAGGCUGGUCUAAGAAGAGUGAGCCUCAGAUAUCUGGACAAGUCUAAUUCUGCUGUAAUAAAGCCCCCAAGUAACUGGUUCAACAAUUUGACUUACCAAUUGAUAUUCGCGUGUUUUAAUGUCUUAUCCGCUUGUUUGAUUGUUUUUGAUCUAAACGACCAUCAAUAUGCAUCAAAUUAUUAUAAUUCGAUCAACUCAAAUAAGUUUAGAUGGAUAAUUUGACGCAAUAAGUAGUAACAAUUAUUAUUAAUCUAUGUCAGAGUUGUCUUGAUCUACUCAUCAAAUAAUCAUUGCUUCAAUAUCAGACUGCGGCUAGACUUUCAUUGAAUGUCAAUAGUCAACUUGUUGAGAUUUACUUGAGUGCGAAUUAUCUUUAGAUAAAUAAUGUUAACAAAGCAUGUAAUAAAAUUAAAUAAAUUUUUAUCUUUAC